AUGGUUUAUGAUCAGAAUGUCAUUCAAGAUCACAUUAUUGAUUUCUUUUCUAGUCUUUUUAGGGAUGAUGUUCCGUGCACAGUUGAUAGGGGCAUGCUUGAAGCGAUCAUUGAUGAUUGUGUGACUGAGGAGCAGAACGGAAUUCUCACUAGUAUUCCGGAUGAUAAGGAGAUUGCGCCGUCUGUCUUUGGGAUGGAUGCUAACAGUGCGCCAGGUCCGGAUGGGUUUUCUGGUGACUUCUUUCACAGCUGUUGGAGUAUUAUUAAAGCAUAUGUGGUUGUGGCCAUUCGUGCUUUUUUUCUUAAUAGUUAUUUGCCGGCUGGGUGUAAUGCGAGCACGCUGAUUCUUAUUCCUCAAAAGGACGCAGUAGAUACUAUGGUUGAUCUCCGGCCUAUCAUUCUCUCCAAUUUCUUCUUUAAAAUUGUUUCGAAGAUUUUAGCUAUGCGUUUAGGAGGGAUUGCCUCUCUUUGUGUCUCUCAGAAUCAGUUUCGGUUCAUCAGUGGUCCAUCCAUUCAUGAUUGUGCUUCGGGUGAAUGGCUAUCACGAGAGCUUAGUGGGUAUUUUGCUUGCUCCCGUGGUGUGAGGCAGGGGGACCCCCUUUCGCCUAUUCUUUUUGGUAUUGCUGAGGAUGUGCUCAACCACCUUUUCUUGAAUUAUGUGCAGUCGAGGUAUCUGAUUUCCAUGGAUUUUAGCCGCUCUGCGCACUUCCCAACGCAUCUCCUUUAUGCGGAUGAUAUUCUGAUUUUCUGCAAAGCUUCUGUGAAGAAUGCUCGGAAAAUCAAGGAGAUUUUGGAUUUGUAUGGAGAUCUUUCUAGGCAGAUCUGCAGCCUGGAGAAGUCUCGCAUUUUUUUCGCAAAUAGAGUUUCACCGGCGCUGAAACAUGGUAUUUUGCGCAAUCUUGGGUUUUCUAUGGGAGGGCUUUCGGUUACCUACUUGGGAGUUCCUCUUUUUGUUGGUCGGAUUAGGGCUUCGUAUUUUGCUGCCAUUCAUGAUCGCACUUUCAGAAAUUUGCUCGCUGGAAGGGGCUUCAUCUUUCUAUGGCUGGGCGCAUUUGUUUGGUUCGUUCUAUGGCCGAAGUCUCUGAUUUAUAGUCUAGAUCGAUGUUGUCGUAAUUUUAUCUGGUCCGGAAGCAUUGAUACGAACCCUUCUUGCUCUGGCAAAGAUUUUAUGGCCGAUAUUUUAAGAACGAGAUAUCUCAACUCUUUCAAUUAUGCUAAGCAUAAUCUAGGGUCUUCUCCUGUGUGGACGAGUGUUCAUGAUCAUGUGAACCAGUUGGUUGACGACUCCUAUUCGUAUAUUGGUUCGGGAGCUAGCACGAUGUUCUGGUGUGAUGACUGGCUAGGGUAUAGAUUGACGGACAAGCUGCAGGUACCUCACUUCAUGCAUGACUUUUUGAAGCAGGCCGUGGAUGAUUAUUUUUUUGAUGGGAUAUGGAAUUUCACUGAAGAUUUUAUUAUUACCUAUCCUGAUAUUGUCAUUGAUAUUUUAUUGCUUCAUGUGGGUGGUGACGAGGACACGCGAUACUGA